GCGGGCGGACCGCCGGGUCGGCGCUCAGGCGGCGGUGUGCGAGGCUGCGGCGGCAUGGCGGGGCGGCGGGUGAACGUGAAUGUGGGUGUGCUAGGCCACAUAGACAGCGGGAAGACAGCGCUGGCACGCGCCCUGAGCACCACGGCGUCCACUGCUGCCUUUGACAAGCAGCCGCAGAGCCGGGAGCGCGGCAUCACCCUCGACCUAGGCUUCUCGUGUUUCGUCGUGCCGCUGCCGGGGGGCGAGCCUGGGACUGGCGACUGGCUGCUGCAGGUCACGCUGGUCGACUGUCCCGGGCACGCCUCCCUCAUCCGGACCAUCAUCGGCGGUGCCCAGAUCAUCGACCUGAUGAUGCUUGUGAUUGAUGUGACCAAGGGGAUGCAGACACAGUCAGCAGAGUGCCUUGUGAUCGGCCAGAUUGCCUGCCAGAAGCUUGUUGUGGUGCUGAACAAAAUAGACCUGUUAGCCCAAGGGAAGAGGCAAGCAGCAAUCGACAAAAUGACCAAGAAAAUGCAGAAGACUCUCGAAAACACCAAGUUCCGGGGUGCACCGAUUAUAUCCGUGGCAGCCAAGCCUGGGGGACCAGAGGCCCCUGAAACAGAAGCUCCACAGGGCAUCUCAGAACUCAUUGAGCUCCUGAAGUCCCAGAUUUCCAUCCCAACAAGAGACCCCUCGGGGCCAUUCCUCAUGUCUGUGGACCAUUGCUUCUCCAUCAAGGGCCAAGGCACCGUGAUGACUGGGACCAUCCUCUCAGGUGCCAUCAAUCUCGGAGACAGUGUGGAGAUUCCUGCCCUUAAGGUGGUGAAGAAAGUAAAGUCCAUGCAGAUGUUCCAUACACCUGUCACCUACGCCAUUCAGGGAGAUCGGCUGGGCAUCUGUGUCACCCAGUUUGACCCCAAGCUGCUGGAGCGUGGGUUGGUGUGUACUCCUGAAUCCCUGCAUACCAUCCAUGCAGCCCUCAUCUCUGUGGAAAAGAUCCCGUACUUCCGGGGGCCCCUGCAGACCAAAGCCAAGUUCCAUAUCACAGUGGGCCAUGAGACAGUCAUGGGCCGCAUGCUGUUCUUCAGCCUUGCUCCAGACAGCUUUGACCUGGAGCCAGUGUUGGACUCCUUCGACCUCUCCCGAGAAUACCUCUUUCAAGAGCAGUACCUGUGCAAAGAUUCCACGCUGGUAGCCACAGACGGUGGUAAUGAGGGUGAUGGGAAGGUGGGCCAGGCCCCAGAAGGUCGCUGCCCCCAGCAGCAGUGGGCCCUAGUAGAGUUUGAAAAGCCGGUCACCUGUCCCCGACUCUGCCUGGUGAUUGGAUCCAGGUUGGAUGCAGACAUUCAUGCCAAUACAUGCCGAUUGGCCUUCCAUGGUGUUUUGCUCCAAGGACUAGAGGACAAGAACUACACAGAGAGCUUCCUGCCUGCAUUGAGGGUAUACAAGCUGAAGCACAAGCACGGCCUAGUGGAGCGGGUAAUGGAUGACUACAGCGUGAUUGGGCGCUCCCUGUUCAAAAAGGAGACCAACAUCCAGCUCUUUGUGGGGCUCAAGGUGCAGCUGUCCACGGGGGAGCAGGGUAUCAUCGACAGUGCCUUUGGUCAAAGUGGCAAGUUCAAGAUCUACAUCCCUGGUGGCCUCAGCCCUGAAUCCAAGAAGAUUCUGACGCCUACACUCAAGAAGCGGGGCCGGGCUGGCCGUGGGGAGGCUGCCAAACAGGAGGAAGGUACCGAGCGGCCAGAGCCCACACAGCCUGUGACACUCAGCCUGUCUUUCAAGCGAUACAUCUUUGACACCCAGAAGCGCAUGGUGCAGUCUCCCUGAGUAACUGCCCCCCCCCAGGGCCUCCUGCCCAGAUGCAGGCCAGGCAACAGUGCCCAGUACCCCCAGAUGUGCCUCAACCUCCCCAGUCCUGCAGGCAGCCAGUGCCAUCCCAUUACCACCCCCACUACUGCUUAGCCCCAAUGAGAAAAGCCUUGGGGAGGUAGGGGACAAUGUCAGAAGGGCCUACUACUCUGUUUCUGCAUCCACCCACCCAGGACAACAGCCAGACCUCACUAGGAAAGGGACUUGGCCAGAGGUGCCAGUCAGGGUCUCCAGGCUGUCCCAAGUAGCGGGCACCCACAACUUCAAAUAAAUACCCCAUAUGUGACCUA